UCGCUACUUACAGAUGCCGUGAAGCAUGAGGUGUCCACCUGUAGCACAUAGAGGUAUCUACCUUAGAAAGACUCUAGAGAUAUACGGGUUCCGUCUAUCGCACAGAGCGGUCACUACUUAAAUUAGAUUUGUAAUUAUUCAUUAAAAAAUAAAUGAGAAACGGAAAGAACAUUGUAAGCUCUGUGCAAAUGGGCACAAACAGGUCCAUACUUAGUGCAGACGAUAGAAUUAAUUUAUUUUAGAAAGAGCAAUCACUUGUUGGCUAUCUCUGCAUACAAAUGUUUUUUUGAAUUUUUAUAAAAUAAAUUUUAAAGCCUGUGCCGCCAUCUUAUAUAUGUACAGUGAAGUUAUUUGCGCGGGAAUACAUGUACUGGGACGAAUUCAUAACCUAAAUUAUCGAAAAGUGCUGUAAAUAAUUGGAUUGCAUAUUUCUCAACUGAAAUUAGUUAAUUUAUUGGCAUAACAUUCACCAAGUGGUUCUCGUGAUUAUAUGAAAAUGGAUUCUUGUGAAUUGCUGGAGCGAGCAACGGCAUUACUUGGGAGCACAAUCCGUAAUUUUUCGAUUGGAGCAGUGACAUUGAGUGAUUUCAAACCUGUUCAGGAGAAAAUGAAAGAUUUGAGGGAAAUUAUACGAUGUUUGACUGCUAGGAUUCAAUUGCUGCGGGCGACCAAUGGAGCAAGAGCAGCUCCUGUACUGUCAUCAGCACAGCCCAAAGAAUUGGAGAAGAGAAUGCAUGAGAUUGUGUCCUCGAAUUAUUUAAUUAAAUAUGAUGUAUUCAAAGAUGCCCUUCAUUCACAUGCUGCUGAGAAUCUUUUGUCUAAUGAAAACAUUUCCCCAGAGAUGAAGAAACUGAAGGCAGUGAUGGCCAAGCUCUACAGCCAGAAUGAUAAAAUUAUCGUUCUCCAGGAGGAGAUGGAAGCUUUACGCACAAAGGAGAGAAAACUGCAGGCAGAAGUGGCAGCAGGAAUCAUUGACUUCCAAAAUUUCCUCAAGGAACAAGAGAAAAUUCGAAAUGAGAAACUGGCAGUAUCCAAUCCCGAUGUCGCAAGGAAGAAGCAGAAACUGAAGAAGCUUAUAACAAAGAUAAAUAUCUCGAGGCGAAUAAUCACGAGCAUCAUAAGUGCUGUUAGUACUACAAUAACUGAUGAGCCAGAAAUGCUGAGGAUGUUGAAGGACCAUCGAGAUAUAGUGGAUGCAGAGACGAUCAUGGAAAUGGCAAACGGUCGAGUAAAUUCAACCUGAAUCUUCAUCA